GUGUCUGGCUUCCGGCAGGGGCCGCUGCAGCCCGGAGAGCUAAGUCGCUCCGCCUUGCCCUGUGGCCCCCCUCGACCGUCCGGGUGCCUGGGGCGUUGCCGUCGCAGUUGCCGCUUCCUGCAGCCCAUCUCAAGAAUUAGUACUAUAAAGGAACCCAAUGGGACCUCUCCAUAUUGUCCCCAGCAGAUUCUUCUCCCAACUGUAUUGUGGAUUGAGAUCUCCAGCUGCCUCAGGAACCAAGGUUUGCCGAAUAAUGGCUCGUCCAAGUUCAGAUAUGGCUGGUUUUCGGAAGUUUUUUGCAAAAGCAAAGCACAUAGUCAUCAUUUCAGGGGCUGGCAUCAGUGCUGAAAGUGGGAUUCCGACUUUCAGAGGAGCCGGAGGUUAUUGGAGAAGGUGGCAAGCACAGGCCCUGGCCACCCCUGAGGCCUUUGCCCAAAACCCAUCCCUAGUGUGGGAGUUCUACCACUACCGGCGGGAAGUCAUACAGAGCGUAGAGCCAAACCUCGGGCACUUUGCCAUCGCCAAGUGUGAGGCCCGGCUGCGUGAGCAGGGCCGCCGGGUCACAGUCAUCACCCAAAACAUCGAUGAACUGCACCGCAAGGCUGGCACCAAGAACCUUCUGGAAAUUCAUGGUAGCAUAUUUAAAACUCGAUGUACGUCUUGUGGAGUUGUGGCUGAGAAUUACAAGAGUCCAAUUUGUGCAGCUUUGUCAGGAAAAGGUGCUCCAGAACCUGAAGCACAAGAUGCCAGAAUCCCAGUUGAGAAACUUCCCCGGUGUGAAGAGGCAGGGUGCGGGGGCCUGCUGCGACCUCACGUAGUGUGGUUUGGAGAAAACCUGGACCCUGCCAUUCUGGAAGAAGUUGACAGAGAGCUGGCCAUCUGUGAUUUAUGUCUAGUGGUGGGAACGUCCUCUGUGGUUUAUCCUGCCGCCAUGUUUGCCCCCCAGGUGUCGGCCAGGGGAGUGCCGGUGGCCGAGUUUAACAUGGAAACCACCCCGGCCACGAACAGAUUCAGGUUUCAUUUCCAGGGGCCCUGUGGCACAACUCUUCCUGAAGCCCUGGCUCCUCAUGAAACUGAAACGGUUUCUUAAUUGUCCUGGGGAAGGAAGAAGUUAUAGUACAUCUCAAUACCAGGCCUCAAAUAGAGGAGACGCAGUCCUGUGGAUGGCAAGCUGAAUACUGGAGAUCUAAAAAUACCCUGUGAUUUCCUGUCUGGCAUCCAACCUGUUGAUAACUGAUAGGGCCUUAGAGGUAACAAUAGCAAAUGUAGUUACAAGAAGUCAGAGAACUGUAAAGUCGAUGCAUGUUAUUUGGCUUAAACUUAAGCAUAAGAUGCCUCUGAUGUGUUUGGUUGGUUAUUGGGAGGUGAAAAAUUCUAAUUUGAGUGUCUUAAAAAUGUAAUUAUCACAUUUUUGCUAUUUGGCAAAGAUGGAAGUAGACAAGUAAAAACCUUGAUAUUUCUGAUUUUUGCACAAGUUUGGAAAGAAAAUAAAAUCACUCUCUACAGUAAGUAAUUUAUUGUAAAAAG